UGAUGGCGAUGACGCAAAUUAACGAGCGCGUGUCUUGCACAUGCACACUUUGCCUUGAAGUCAAUUAUUAGCUUCUGCUGAUUUUAAUCAUUCGUCUUUAGAGAGAAAGAGGGGGAGGCUGUUUAUGCUGCAUCUCCUGUUGUCUAACACGUUGUUUGAAUCUUCCCUUUUCAUUAUACUAAACAGCACACAUUACCUCUCUGUCCACGAUGUAUGUUUCUGUUCAUGUCAAAGUUAACAUCCAAACUGCGUGUUACUGAGUUUAUACUGAAAGUUUUCCUCACAUGAUGUCCCAAAGUUAGAGACAAUAAUAAUCAGCCUCACCAUCCAAAUAUUUCCAAGCACUACAGCAACAACAACAGUGGACUUGGGACUCUUUGCCACCGUCCCGUCCCUCGUGUCAGAUGGCUGCCUUGACCUGGUUCAGUUCAUCACGGACAUCUCAGCGUGCUCCAGAGGACAGACCUGCUAGUCUGCGGACCUCCAGCCCCGUGAUAAGAGUCGUAUCCGCUUUGCGGGGUUAUUGUUAGUCCUCUGCAGACCAACACAACCAGUCAUGGCGGCCUACUUGUGAGGAUUUCAUUUUAGGAGCAUGGAGACAGUGUCCGUGGUCCCGCCUGUCCCAGCAGCAUGAUUGCAGCACCGAGUCUCUCAGGGGACACCCUGAUAGCGUGCCGCUACCCUGUGGUCCGGCUUCCCACCUGGCAACUCAAAGCCUUGUGCCGUUCGGCCAAGAGACCCAGCCGGCUGUGCUCGGCGGGCCUGACCCGAGCCGUGUCCCUCCCGGAGCGAGACUCGCACAGCCCGGAGCAUCCCGGCGCCGGGGGCCGAAGGCCUUUUUCCAGCAGCUACGGUAGUCUCAAUGAGGACCGAGCGGAGGACGAGGGGGGCAGCGACAGCAGCGGGAAGUACGACUCCACCUCGUCACCGGAAGAGACCAGUUCCCACCUGAAGACGGACGGCUGCGGCGCCAGAGACGGGCUGCGGUCACACAACUCGUUCCUCGCCAGCGCAGAGGUGGACGAGGAUCAGGAAGAUGAAGACAGUGAUGGAGAUAAUCUACACAGAUAUCGAGAGGACUCAUCUUUUGUCUUGCAUGGGAAUUCCAACUGGCCACUAAGUAAUGGUGCCAGAAAUCAUGCAAUGUCCAAUGGAGACACAGACGGUGAAUGGGGCAUCGAAGACACCAUCUUGGGUUCGGAGAGUGACCAGGACUGGCUCUCUAAUCAGCCUGACUUGCUGGACUCGCUGCAGACUGAAUGCCGGUGCUUCCAUGUGAGCACAUCGGGCAUCGCAGGGAUGGCUCACGGAGAGCAGGGCUCAGAGAGGGUGAAGGAUAACAAGUCCGGCUGCAUCCACAGGCGGCACAAAUGUUCCCCCGAGCUGUUCUCCAACAGUCUCAGUGAGUAUGUCAGCGACUCCUCCUGCAACAGCUCCGAUGGCGUCUUGGUUAACUUCUGCACUAUCUACAACAGGAGCAACAACCCCGCCACGCCUAAUGACCUCAGCGGCCCUGCAGCUCAACCCUAUCAGUCGUCCGAGGGAUCCGUGUUCCUCAACCUUCAACCCGUUCCUCAGACUCCAGCUGAGAACGUCCAACGCGAUGACGCGGCAGUUGACGCUCCCUCCAGCGAGGAGGUUGACACGACGCCGCCUUCUUACUGCUGGUCUCCACGGGGACUCGACUCUAACUGCAAUCUUUAUUCUCUGGAGCCGCCGCCCCCGGGUCUCUCCUCGCUGGAGGUGUCCGACCUGGCCGCCUGUCUCCAAGGCCAGGCCACACUGGCCAUGGAGACCAACCAGAAGUACUACAAGCUCGUGACUUGUGACCUGUCCUCCCAGUCGCCCAGUCCAGCCUGGUCCAGCCUCACCAGCUGCGCCGAGGCUCAGAUCAGAAGCAGCUCCUUCCAUCCCGCUGAGCAGCUCUUUGCUGAUCAUAAGAAAGAAGGACAAGACAAAAGAAACCAAAAGGAGGAGAAUCGUCAAAAAUAUUGCUCGCAGUGUCAGACCUACGACUAUCAAGCCGCCACCACAGAGAAAACCCCCUGCAAGAAGGAACACACAGACAGCGUCCAAAACGUCUCCCACGCGUCCUGUUCGCCGCGUCCCACCAAGUGUAGCCCACAUAGCUGCAACGGUCAAGGCACCGGCGCUGCGUCCACGCAGCCACCUGUGAACGAGGAGCCCUGUGAAACGUGUGCCACUGUGCAGGGAGCGUGUUCGCUGGGAAAUGCCGUGGUGCGCUACAGCAAGGCCCAGAGGCCGACCUCGCUGCCCAUCCAGCCCUUUGUCUUGGCCCCCGCGGGCAAACCCCAGAGCCAGCACCUCGGCUGUCUUCUGGAGCAGUAUGUGAAUCAGAAGAGCGGCAACUCUGGCAGCUCCCAUCCGGGCAUCAAGUUCAACGUCAAGCGCAGCCAAUGCUUUUCUAAUCUCCAGCUUUCGCCAACGUCCGACCGCUUCCCCGUCCUGCUGGAGGCUCCUUUGAGCUCUGACACCUGCUCCACCUGCACGCCGAGUCCAGAGUGGUCGGCCAGCCGCGGACGCAUGUGGGGCCAGUUCAGCAGAGGUCAAGGACGCCUGAGUCCGCGCGCAUCAAAGAUCAUCCCCGAUCCGGCCUACAGCAGCCCAAAGCCAACACUGGUUCAAGAUAAAAGCCCAUAUCCGGGCGAAACUGAAAAUACUUGUUUUAAUCUGUUUUCAACACCGAAUCAGACAAACCUUGUUGAAAUUCCCGCCAACCAGACUCUUAUCAACCUUACUCCUGAAGACAGCCAUGGCAACACUGAGGCCAUAAGUGACAAUCAGUCCCAGACCCACAACUCCUAUGAUCCAAUCUUCUCCAACACUACCACACCACCUACUUUACUCCUAAGCACCGACACCCGUCACCCAACCCUGCAGGUGUGCCUGUCUCCUGCCACCACCACCCGACGACCAGAAAAUAGGUUCCCUCAGCACCGGGCCGCACCUGCGGCUGACUCUGGCUUUUUCCUGGGUAGUUUUACAGCUGCCCUCUCCUCGGUAGCUCCUCUGUCCUCUUUGAGCGGCCUGCUCUCCUUGGCAGCAUCCGGGCUGCAAAUCCCGGACUCAGCUGGAAUCAGUGGGAAGGAGAGUCAGAGUCAACACAGCGAAUCUCUGAUCCUGAGUGACAGGCCGCCCACAGAGUUCUGCCUCUCGCCGGAUACAUCUUAUGAGUCGAUGUCCAUCAGCCACCUUCAGAGGAGAGGUUUGCUGAGGUCUGUGAGCAGGGCGGUGGACUUGAUCACGGCUCAUUUUGGCAGCAGCAGAAACCCUGAAGAAAAGAUGCGUCUGGGUAACAGCUCUCGCAGUCCCACGAUAGCCGGUCUAGUUCUGGAACAUUUGUGUCCGGCGAUACAGAACAUCUUAGAGGACGGACUCAGGGAUCACAAACUGGAUCUCGUCAUCGGGCAGCGACGCAACAACUGCUGGAGUGUGGUGGAGGUCUCUACUAGGCUCGGUCCAUCCACCAAGGUCCUUCACAGCCUGGUCUCCAAAAUUAGACAAUAUCCACAGCUGACCAGCCACUGCAUGAGACUGAGGGCCUUCAUUAUGGGCCUGCUUAACUUGAGAGCUUUGGAAUUCUGGCUGAGUCACCUUCAGAGUCUAAAAGAUGUAGUGUCAACCUACUACCACUCUUGGGGGUUCCUGUCCAUGUCACUGGGUCGGUGUCAGCCCUUGUUUCAAGAGCUGCUGCUUCUGCUGCAGCCGCUCUCUGCGUUGCCCUUUGACCUCAACUUGCUCCUGGAGCCCCGACUGUUGCGUAACAGACAGCUGUGUUCUGAGGAGCAGGAAGUUCCUCCUCCUCCGCCGUGCUCGGCCCUCCUGGUGACCAGCUGGCCGCUACUGCAGGCUGACAAAAAGGUGGACAGAAGCGACUGUAGUCAGCAGACUGAAACGUCCCACCGGACACGCCGGCGUCACCAGGAGUCUCUCGGCUCUCCGGGUGGUGCCGGGCCGGAUCGUGGGGGGGUGCGGGCCGACAGGAGCCCGUCGUCAGCUCCCAUUCCUGAGUGGUGGCCGAAGGAGCCUUACCUUAUGGAUGGUGUGGUUGAAGGAGAGGACUGUAGGCAGAAUUAUGCAGAUAAUUGGUCUCAAAUAAGUAUGGACAGCAGGCAAGAAGAGAAGAGGCCAGAGGGGGACAGUGAGACACAGAGUGCGCCCGCCCGUCUCCUGGCUGAGAGUCCACGUCAGGGCGGCAUGCGCUGGGCCAAACUGUUCGGAGCAUCCGAUACCUCCACCAGGACAGAGACGGUUUCUCACAGUGGAGCACAAUCCAGAAGGUACACGCGACCGUCGCAGUGGCUGAACUUUGACGGAUCACAGUUUGGACUGUUUGCUCAAUCCAUCAGGUCAAUGAAGCUCGGAGGAGCUCAAACCAACAAGGACUGCUGAAAACCAAACGCUGUGUAGGUGGGGGACCAAGUGGAGCCUAUUUACUGUAUAGGCCGUGUACUGCACAGUCUUACUGUAACUGCAUGAUGACACAUACACGGUGCUGAAGUGAUCAGACAGCACAUAACAUAACAAGCUUUGGCCCUCAUUCAUCAAGCCUUUUGGAAAUUAGUUGAUAAUGUUCUCGUGAGAAAUCUAAAGUAUCUUCAGCGUGUUUUUGAUUAAGUAUUUCAUGCAGACCAACAUAUAGGAAAAUAAUACCCAAAUCAUUGAACACGAGCCAUAAGUGCAACCAGGAGUUCGUGACACAAUCCAGCCGAAACGGGAGGAGCAGGAAGGUCUGACAAAGCGUCUUGGAGGAAGAGAUGCGUUAAUCAGAAAGGUCACUCCUGCACAGAGUAACUGGAGCAGGACACAGGUGUGAAGGAAUGCACACAUCAAGCCCCCCGCGCCUCAGUUAUGAGUAAAGGAGAGGUCACGAGAGGUCACAGAGGUCACAGAGUUCCCAGGAAAACUCAGAGUGUGCAAUAAGGUUAAUUUUUGCCCGUCCGGUAUUGUUUCGACCGUGUGUCAACUAGGCAACGAGUGGUCCAGGAGACACUUACUGUAGCUAACAACCACAGAGGAGGUUUUCACUACUUUUAACAGCACGUUUGUAUUUCUGGUGUUGUUGCCACAGCACAAGAUGCAGUCAUGAAAACGUUCACAAUCAUCUCAUGAUGACCAUGAGGCUCUCGUUUGAAGGUGGCUGUGGUCUGCUCAAGGGGAGCACCAUUCAUACUAAAGAAAUGCGUAAAAAGCGAUAUAUAAUGUUGUCAAUAAAACUGUUUCAACAAGUCCCCUUAUCAAAAACUGUAGCAAACUGAGCAUAAAAGUCAAAAAUACCAUUUAGAAUCCAUCUAUCAUUUGUAAACCUUUAUAAAUGUCGGUAUUCCUUUGUGUCAUUGUUUUAAUAGUGAAAUAUGUGUUUAGAGUAUUUAGAUAGAUAUUUAGUUUGACCAGUAACCUUACGUACCAUCUUACUAUUGAAACCAACGGGUCAUAUAUCAGCAAGUCAGUUAGUUUCUUGGUGGUCGGGUUUAACAGUUACACCUGGAUUCUACAUAUGUCCCUUCAUUGUUUUUUUAUAGGCGCUCUUUUGUAAUUUGAGCUCAAAUUAGUUGUGAGAUAAAUAUCGAUGAUUUCUGUCGGAAUCAUUUCCUCAGAUCCUGAGCUGUUUUCCACUAAACUGCUUGAUGAAUGAGGGCCAAUUUCACACUGGCGUAAAUGUCCUUCGUAUCGUACGGAUAAGGCAGAAAUGAUUAAAUGUGAAUAUUGACCUGUUUUUUUACUGUUUUUACUGUGACAUUCUUGUGGUCAUUCUCUCCAUAGCUGUAACUUUAAUUUAAAGGUGAAAAAUUCUUGCUUGUGCCAAAUACACCAGUUCAGUGAUGUUUUAUCUAAAUAACUUGAGCAAAUCCCUGCAUGGAUUGACUUUGUGUGCAUGAGACAACACACAUAAAGUAAGUGCUUUUAGUACUUACCACAUCCCCCAAACUGUGAAUACAUAUAUAAGUACGGUUGUUUUCUCAGAUGUGUGUAAUUGUUUGGUGAAUACAGUAGAACGUCUUCCAGUGAAGUCGAUUGAGUUGCACGGUUAUAAGCCAUCUUGUGGCAGCUUCAGGUACUAACGGUGUGUGUCAGGUACAUUUUGAUGGACUGCUGAUUAGAUAAAAAAAACUAAAGUGUGUUCUUACUGAAUUUCUGAUGUACGGCAAUAAUGUGAACACUCUGAAACCCUUUUUUUCAACACCUGAAUGCUUCCUCUGAAGCCCAGUGACAAUCACAGUGUGUCAAUAAAAACUUCUUGUCUUUGCCGUGACAACAGUGAACAGAAA